ACUUCUAUACUUGACAACAAGGGGCCCUGCGAAAUCUAGACCAGUAUUUGAAAAUGGUGGACCGUCGUCUACUCGAGCUUGUGGCAAAUCUGGGUUGAAAGUUGUACGAAAUGGCAACCCUUCUAGUUUCUUACAUAAAAGACACUUGCGAACAUAUUUCUUCACCAUUUCUCUGCCUCGUGGAACCCAAUACGUUUGACGCAACAAAUUUAAUGUUUCACGUGUUCCAUUGUGAAAUACCUUUCUGUGCGACUCUUGAAUUAAUAAGAAGGCAUAAUGAUUACCUGGGGGAAGUAAGAUGGGAUUUUUCCCUGAAUCAAUGACCGAAGAUUUGUUUACUCUAGAUCUACACCUCAAUACUCCGUGUUCAUCCAGAAAAAGAUUGAAUUGGCUUACAUACAGCGGCGCCUUACUUCUACCCUUAUUAUCUUUAGAAAGAUACUGCAAUUCUAUCUUAAAUGCUUGUUUUUGAAUAGACUUAACAAUGACUAUUCAAGUUUGCAAGUUUCGUCUGCCGAUAUUUCGUUUUCCUUGUUGAUCGAUUUGCAACUUAGCCUUGCUUUUAAAUUGUCUACGAAGCGGAAAACCCAAGAAAGAGUUCUUAACAACUUACCUUUGCUACUGUAUUUACGAAUGUCGAAAACAUUUUCCAGAUUUAAGGAUACUGGCUCUUCUGAAUUAACCAUAACGUGGGUAACUUCAGGCACAUGCUUUACCUUCUCCUCCAUUGCCUCUAAACUUUUAAACUCGUUUGGGGGUUGUGGCCAUUCACUGGGGUCGAGCUUGAGGAACUCAGGACCCUCCCACCAGAAAGAAUUAGUGGAUAGAGAAGACCCAACCUUACCCCUUGAUGGCAAAUCUGCUGGAUUCUGGGGUCCAGGGCAGUAAAACCAUUCCUCCCUAUUGGAAACAUCUAAAAUGUCAUUGAUGCGAUGGCGAAUAAAUUGUUUCCACACCUUUCCACACCACACAUAUUUUCCAAAUUUUUGAAAGGAAGUACAAAAUGAAGCGCAAUCACCUAGAUAUUUCACAUUUGAAAAUCUAAUUAUGUAUCAGCCUUUAAGAGUAGUUAUCAUGUCAUGUAGAGAUGUUAGAUUAUUUAUUUUAAAAUGGCUUUGGAAAAGCAAACAUUUGAAAAAUACUAAAGCUUUUGCUGUAAUAAUGACAUCGGAAGCAAAUAAACAAGAAAGGGGUUCUGAAAAGUUUAAACCGAAUUUUUCCUUAUUUUACACAGAAACAGACCUUUGUCUAUUGCUGUAGGCAGCUGUUUCCCUAUUUGACCCUGAAACUGUGGAGGAGAUCAAUCUGUAAACAAAGGCCUAAGUGCGUGUCGAACGUUGUCUGAAUUGUAUCUAUCCAUCGAUAUAGCUUGAUUUCUAGCAGACAAACGGAUAGAAAGAGCAGAUUUAAUUACUCAUUGCCUUGGAAUAAGGUCAGUAUGUGCCAAAAUGGUCAUGUGAUUUUGAAGAUGGUUUAUGUGAUUGGUACAAAGUUGAUGUCAAUGGUUUUGGUUGGGAGCACAGUGCAGAUAGUCCAUACAAAAUAAAAGAUCAUACAAAAGACAGUGUCAAUGGGUCAGUUGCGGUUCUAUCACUAACUGGGGUGAAAUUUGGUGAUGCUGGAAAGCUAGUCUCACCAUUAUUCAGACCAGCAAAUGGCUCUUGUAAGAUGGUUUUCUACUACAAGGUGAUAAGGGAUAUAGAUUAUUAUUACCUUUACCUUAAAGUAGAAAAGGUUAUUAAAAAAAUGGAUGGUAUUUCACGUGUGCGUUUAUUCCGUGCUUCGAUUCGAGAUCAUUAUUGGAAAAGAGGCGAAGUGACGUUAAAUAGCGAUGUUGAUUUUCAGGUUGAGAUUACUGGAAGUUCGCGUUAUGUGGAUGGGAUAAUAGCUCUAGAUGACGUAAUGUUCACUGAAAGCUGUUUUACACAAGAGCUAACGCCAAUCAAAAUUGUCAAGCCGCAGUCAUUACCCAAAUACAAUUUUCCAGAGGGUGUGUUUUACGAGAAGACAGGCAACAGCUGGUCAAUGGUUUGCGAUAAAGACAAGGCAAUCGCGGCUUGCAGAUAUCUUGGAUUCCAUGGUUUGGCAAAUAGCACCUUUGUAGCGAGAGGUUUUAUGUCAGGCCAGCAGAUUUGCCUUUCGAGUAACAACACGCUCACUAAUUCAAGCAGCUGCCACAAUUCAACUCGCUGCAUUAAUGCUACGUUUUGGAGAUGCAAAUCAGAUUAUAUCAUGACAUGCCCCCGUCUUACCCACAACACUUGUACCAGUGGCGCUGGAAGCCUAAAGUGUUACGAUCACAAUCAGAGAUGUGACUUUCAUAAGGAUUGUCCAGGGGGUGAAGAUGAAGAGGACUGCAUAGAAUACAAAAGAUGUGAUUUUCAAAACGAUCUCUGCAAUUGGAUACCAUCUAAGCAUACCAAUUUUGAAUGGCAUCGCACAAAAUCAAGAGAAGGCAAUCACUACUAUUUGCAAGGCGAACAUUCACAUUCUUUUCAUACAAAUGAUCAGGGAAAAUUGCUGUUAAAAGAUCCCAUUGAAGGCUCCCCCAACGUCACUUGUGUGUUGCGCUUUUCGUAUCAAACAAGCAGAUACUGGGGAGGAAUUCUGCGGGUUUUCUCGCUCACAAGCAACACCGACAGGGUAAUCCAUUCGAUCAGCACCCCGCACCGGCAAGGCUGGGCAAGACAGAACCUUAUCUUACGUACUCGCGGCAAUUUUAGGAUUCGGAUUGAUGUCAUAGGCCCAAUCAACUAUUGGUUCUUCAAUCUGGCUAAUAUAUCCUUCUCACCUGAAUGCCUCUUUCGCAAUUACACACAUGUCCCAAGCAAUCGAUCCGAUAUUUUCGUCUGUCAUAAUGGCGAGGAUAUCUCUUCUUCGCUAGUCUGCAACCUCAAUGCGGAUUGCUUUGACGGCAGUGAUGAGUUGAAUUGCAGUGAGUAUGCUUUCCGUCAAUAGAAUGUUUAAUGUAACAUGGUACGCCUUGUCUCAUUUAAAGGGCCACUCCAGCCCAAAAUUUUUAUUUCAGAAUACGAUGUAAUCAGACCUCCUGAAAACGAAUCUGUUAUUAUUUUUUUCAUAUCUCUAACCGUUUUGUAGUUAUUAGCGUUUGUAAAAUG